AUGGCCGACCAGAAUUCGGAAGUAAAAAAUAAGUAUACAUGGAACGCUGAAUCCUCAUUUACUUUUAUCACACAUGGGAGUAAUACCACUACCACUACCAAGCAAUACUCCACCAAGGACCAGUGCGACUGUACUCUUCUGGAUCCAAGAAGACUUGGAGGGAAGAAAAACCCCGUGGAAUAUAACUCCCGUGAACAGGGGAACGUCACGGUGAGCUGCGCGUUUGGAACGACAAGGCGAGGGCUCAAGAUGUGCCUACGAUUGUCGUGGUUGGUGGCACCUCGUAAGUAUGUAAUUUCGGACGACGGGAAGCUUUGA